AGGUCACGUGUCAGCCAGCGGCGCCUCUGAUUGGCUCGUCAGGUGCGGCAGCGCUCAGUUGCAUAUAAGCCCUCCGACAUGACUCGACGGCGCUGUCCAAAGAGUGAGUCGCCGGGGGUGGAGUCGGUCGGGCGGGCGUGGUGAGUCGGUAGAGUCACGAGAGUCGUGAGAGUCGGAGAGGCAGCGAGCCAGCGGAGGAGGAGAGGACCGAGAGUCGAGCUGCAAGAAUGGCUACCUGGAUGUUUCUGUGGAGUGCGACAAUGCUCGCGGCGCUUGGAACUACUUCAGCUGGCCACGGGCUCAGCUCGACCUCGGCCGGUGGCCACAAGUGCUGGUCUCCGCGCGGUGCGGUGGGCAGCUGCCAGACCAUCAAGGAGUGCGGCCUGGUGAGCAGCUACUCCAUCGUGCACGCGGUCCGCACCAGGCUCUGCUACUGGCGCAGUGGACAGCCCUUCAUCUGCUGCCCAAAACCAGUGAUAGACCUAUCGGCGAAGCGCCGCUUUUGGUACGGCUUCUUCCGCGGAAAAACCGUCACUGACGGCCUCGAGACGGGCACCACCGCCACCCCACCGGUGGAACCACCAACCUUUACCACCACCACCACAACCACCACCGAGAUUCCCACCAUCUUCCACCGACCUACGGUCCGUCCACCCUCCCCUUCCACCAGUCCACCGACCUCGCGUCCGCCGUCUCCGAGCAUCACGUUCCCCAGCGACCAGUCUCUGGUGGGGGCCGAGUCCGUGCCGGUCCCCUCCAAACGCCUCCGACCUCCUCCUCCGCCGGCCGUCGCCGUCAACGUCAGCCUCGUCGAGGAGGAGGAGGAGGAGGAGGAGCUUCCAGUGGAGGCAGAGAAGGACAUGCCGACUCUGGAUCCGUUCCCCAUGAACCACAAAGAGGUGGUCACCAAGCCGUCCGACUCGCCCGAGAGCCGCGACUCCGCUGACGGAGUCUGCGGUCGCUCUGACCCGGUGGUACUGGCCGACGAGCUGUCAGCUCAGGUUCUUCGGGAGGCGUUUCCGGAGGUGAAGCCGGUGUUUGCCGUGCCAGGAGGCGCCUUCGGAAAGGAGGCACGCGUCACCGGCGGCUUCGCCAGCGUCCAGGGACGGUGGCCGUGGAUGGCGAUGCUGGGGAAGUUGGAGUCCUCCAACAUCACCUGGCUGUGCGGCGGCUCCAUCAUUGACGAGUAUCACAUCCUGACGGCCGCACACUGCGCGCUCGAGAGGCCCAACAUUGUCCGAGUGGGUGGCCACAACAUUGAGCUGGACUUCCGCUCGGGAGACCGCUCGGAGCGACACGAGGUAGCGAAGCUGACCCUGCACCCGCAGUACCGCCCUCCGCGCUCCUACCACGACAUCGCCAUAGUGACCCUGCGCCGGUCGCUGGUCUACUCGCGCUUCGUGCGGCCCAUCUGCCUGCCUCCACCAGACCUGAAGCUGCGCCGGGGUAUGGCGGCCAAAAUCACCGGCCAUGGAUACCAGGAGUUUAACGCUGGAGAGCUAUCGGCACAGCUUCGGGAGGCGCAGAUUCAGCUGGUGCGCAGAAAAUUCUGCAACGCCUCCUACGCCCGCCUCGGCCGGGCCUUCUUUGACAAGUACCCGAGCGGUGUGCUGAGUCACAUUAUCUGUGCCGGCGACGAGAAGGGCGGCGUCGAUGCCUGUCAAGGCGACUCGGGCGGACCUCUCGUCCAGCACAACGAGGCCACCAACACCUACCACCAGAUCGGCGUCAUCUCCAGCGGAUUCGGCUGCGGCAACCCCGAGUACCCGGGCCUGUACGUCAGCGUCAAACACCACCUCAAGUUCAUCGCAGCCGUCAGUGCCAGCCACUGGAGCCACGUCAAAACGGAUCCCACUGAAGCGAUACGACCGAGGUCCGCUGAGCUAGUCAAAGCAGAGAGUGCGACUGCAGCGUCACCUAUACCAGCGCAGACAUGACGUUGAAUGGUAUAGAGGACGCGGUAUAUAUGAGUUUUGGUGAGGCGCAUGCGAGGUGAAGGGUGGCUCCCUUCGAGCUGUGCCGUAUCUUGAUCUCGAGUAUGAAUGAGCGAAUGUGUGAUACCGUUUACCUGCUGCCUAUGGAAGAUAAUUAUAGGGCAGUGAAUGAGGUCAGGUGAGGUGGGCUUCGUGGUGACAAUAAUGACACGUUGACUGCUAAGUGCGCCAGAGCUGUGUUCGACAAUUUGUCGAGUCGAUUUUGUUAGCGAUAUAAAAUAAUAUGCAUAGGCUGAAUUGAUUUUGUGACGGGUAUGACAAGUUACCAGUGACGUAAACAUGUGUGAAUUUGUAACAAUGUUGUAGGAAGCGUGUACACUAAUGACAUGUUUUUUAUGUUGCAUAGCCUACUACCGAUCGCAUCGAACAAGAGCAGUGUUAUGACAUGUGUUUGCACUUUGUUUGAAAUAAAGGGAGUCGCGUUAUCAUA